AUGUGGCUGCUGCUGCUCGUUAUUGGUUACAUUGUUCUCCUUUCCUUCCUCACCCGUUUUAAUUCGUCCUCCGACCAAGAUUCUUCUUCUGCUCCUUCUCCAUUUCCUUCAUCGUCAGAGUUGAUUCGUUUUAGCAGCAACAGAGCCCCGGAAAUUCCGCACCCAACCAAGUACGAUGUCUUCAUCAGCUUCAGAGGAGCCGAUGUUCGACAAAAUUUCCUCAGCCACCUCUACCUCCACCUCAAUAAUGUCAAGCAACUCGCCGUCUACAAAGACGACGUGGAUCUGCCGAGAGGAGCGGAGAUCUCGCCCUCGCUCCUGCGAGCGAUCGAGAUCUCCGACGUUUAUGUGGUGAUUCUCUCCCGUGAUUAUGCGAAUUCCGAAUGGUGUUUGGAGGAGCUGGAGAAGAUCUUCCACUGCGUGGAGCAGCACAAACGGAUGUUUAUACCGGUCACCUACGACAUGAGUUUCGCUGAUUUCUACGAGACGCUGCCGUCUUCUGCUGUUGCUGGAAACGUGCGAAGCUGGAAGGACCAGCUGGAAAAAAUAAUCAGCCUCGCCGGGUUGGACUACACGGUCAUCAGGCCUGAAACUACACUCAUCGAGGAAAUCACCAGAGCGAUCUUCCAGGCAAUCUGCGGCAGCAACGAGCUCGUAAAGUUUUCAUCGUAUUCGGCUAGCAGAGGUUUGGUCGGAAUCGAGAGCAAAGUGGAAGACGUUGGACGGUUGUUGUGCUCCGACGAGCGGGCUAACUGGACGAUCGGACUGUGGGGAACGGAUGGGAUAGGCAAGACCACUCUUGCCCAGGCUUUCUUCCAUAUGUUCUCUUCUCAAUUCCAAGCUUCCUACUUCUUCACCAACUUUUCCGGCCUAUUCACUAGCGGACUGCAUCAUCAGAGCGGCUUCUUCUCAAAAUUACUGGGCGAUGACGACGGUGGUGGUGGCAAUGGAACGUUACCCUACGAUUUGAUGCUUCGCCGUGUCGGUCGCAUCAAGGCGCUGGUCGUGAUCGAUGACGUGGGCAGCGACAUGGCCAACAUUGGGCCCCUCAAAGAUCUGCUAAACGGACAGUACAGCGACAUGUUCGGCCCGGGAAGCGUGGUGAUCGUGACCGGCACCAACCAACAACUUCUCAAGAGCGUAUGUCACGUCGUGUAUCAAGUCAAAGGUCUGGCUGAUCCCGAAGCUUGGCGACUGCUCUGCGAUUACGCCUUCAAAGGAGAGGAUGCGCCAGCCGGCUAUCUGACACUGGCCAGGAGAGCUGUGAGUUACGCGGGUGGGAAUCCAUCGGCACUUACCCUGUUGGGCGCGCACUUGUACGGACGGGAUCUCGAGUUUUGGGACCGCGAGCUGGGAUACUUGCAAGAUGGCGAUCCGAAUUCAGUGGUGGAGAGCAUCGGGAGGAGGAGUUACGAAGGAUUGAGCCGAGCGGAGAAGGAUUUGUUCCUCGACCUGGCAUGCUUCUAUCCUUACUGGAGUCGCAAGGAGUUGAGCAGAGCUGGGGCGGUGAAAGACGGGAGAUGGAAUCUCGUUGCCAACCUUGUGGAUAAGGCUCUUAUAAGCAUCGACGGUACCGCCGGCCGCGUGCAAAUGAGCAUGGUGCUACGAGACCUCGGUCGCGGCAUUGUUAAUGAACAAGGUCGAGUCAGGAAGCGCACGAGGUUGUGGAAACUCGAAGAUGUAUCUUUCCUCUUCAAGAAACCCAAGGUAUAG